AUGGCCACCCAUCUUUAUGAAGACAAUCUUGGUUUGAGUGAUAAGUCCUCUAUAACGACCACAAACACAUCGAUGGUAUCUAUUAGUGAAGAGGGAGACCACCACGUGUCAAUUCCCAAAGCACCCACAAUAGAUCCCGCAGCGAAGGAAUUUGAGUGCCCAUACUGCUUCACCCUACUGCCAAUCAAUACAUGCCAGGGAAAGAAAUGGGAAAUGCACAUCUAUCGUGACUUGCGUCCUUAUAUCUGCACGUUUGAGGACUGCCGAGACCCGGAUCAGCAGUAUGACAGUCUUCACGACUGGAUUGCACAUGAGAAUUUGAAGCAUAUAACUACUGGAAAUGACGACAAACAGGUGUAUACCAAAGUGUGUAACGCAAUUGGAAAAGGGCAAGCAAAUGAUUCUACUGGAAACUGCAUUUUUUGCGGCAAGCACAACAAGUCCGCCGUUCAUGUUGCCUCACACCUUAGACGCAUUGCAUUGUUUGCUCUUCCACGAUCAACAGAGUCAGAAAGCCAGGAUGAAUCACCACUUUCCGACUUUCCCCUCUUGAACAGCAGCCGUGAUAGUGGUUCCAAAGCAGAUGCUGAGAACGAUGAAGUGGGAUUGGAAAGAAGCAGCAUGGUCAAUGAGUUUGAUGAUAUGUCCCUUGAAAGCAAGCCCAUCCAUACUGGUACCAGCGACAGCAGCGCCAUUCAUCAGACAAUCGGUGACAAGAAUCCUCAUCAAGAUCUGCCAGGUGACUCCGCUAACCCCGACCAUAUUAAUGAACCUUCAAAAGGUUCUCGCAGCCUUGCCACGCCUAUAGAGUGGACCUUACGCCCGCAUGAAGCUAAACCAUUCACUCGACUGAAAGUUCAAAUGCCUCGGGCUGCCUUUGUCGAAGACUGGGAUGAAACGCCGCAUGAAGGCAUACCAAGGUCUCAACAUAUGGGCAAUGUAGGAAUAAGUCGUCUGAAAACCCCGGUGGAUACUCAUCAUGAUGUAUCAUCAAGAUACGUUCAAGAGGCAUCUACAGUCAGUGAUCAAAGUUCCAUUGGUCUGAGUCUUUGGUAUUGUUGCCAGUGCAAUUUUGGUCCUCAUAACAAGUCCCUCCACAUGAGUUGCAUCUCGUGUAAUGCAAUGCAAUGCUCUGGCUGCAAGGAGGAAAAUUUCCCUUACUGA